GUUUCCGCCAGGGGCUGCGGGCACACUGGCCAGGCCUCCCCCUGCCCUGGGCCGGGAGCCAGGUCACACCAGGAUGCCGACGUGGAAAACUGGCCACGUGCACAUCUGGCACUGGGCGCUCACGGGAUCACACCCAGGGAGGGAUAAGCCAUGUAUGUCUCCUGAUAAAGGAGGCGGUUACAGGAUUUUUUUUUUCUUUUUAAAUAUUAGGCCCAAGGUUACUGGGGAAAAUGACCAAGCCAGCCGGAGACAUGGAGAAGACCCUACCUCCAAGGCAGCGGGGACGCCUCUGCCAGCCCCAGCCCCUUGUCUCCUGUGUCUCCUCGUGUCUGUCCCGGGAAGGGGCUGCUCCCCCUGGACACGGGGCCGGGACCCCUCGAUCCCUCUCGUUCCCUCUGUGAGCCAUCGUGCCCGUCCCUUCCUCCGCCCCUCCUUCCCAGCCUGCUCCCCACGGUCCCCACUGCGUCCGCUCUGUCGCCCUGGUGCCCAGCGGUGCGCCCAUCUGCGAACUGUCUCCAGGCCCACUGCACCCGCUGAACCCAGCGGACGGCCGCCUCCGACUGCGGCCACGGUCGGUGCGGGAUCUGCACGGAUCCCGGCCCUCACCGUUCACACAGAAAACAGACACCGACAGGCGGGAACCUCCACAGACGUCCCUCGUGGGGAUCGCUGCCUCCGACUCUCGCGGAGAAACUGGUCCCAGACCAUCCCUCCCGGCACAGACAUGGAACAGAAGCCAAGAGAAUUGGCCACCUGCAAACCUGUUGUCCGGGGGCGUUUCAAGGUCGUGUUUCUGGCUGAGGUUGCGGUGACCUCUAACGCAGGGUGUGAGUGCCCCCUCCUCAGCUGGCAGGAUCCACUCAGCGUGGCACCUGCUUGGCACCUGUGUGUCAUUAAAAACUUUUUUUAAUGUUUUAUUUAUUUUUGAGACAGAGAGAGACAGAGAGUGAGCAGGUGUCCCAAGGAGAGGUAAGAGGAGAGGUGGAAUGAAGAAGUUUAAAUGCUUUUCAAAGUGUCACAAGCCCCCUAAAACCUGAGUAAGAUAAAAUCUCACAUUUUUAAGUUUACUUAUUUAUUUUGAGAGAGAGAGAGAGUGAGCGAGGGACAGAGAGACAGAAUCCCAAGAGGGCUCCGCGCUGUCAGCACAGAGCCCGACGCGGGGCUUGAACCCACCAAGUGUGAGAUCAUGACCGGAGCCGAGAUCAAGAGUGGGACGCUUAACUCACUGAGCCACCCAGGCACCCCAAUAAUAUAUCAUUUUUACGCUAUCAUCAGGGGAAAAUGUAUGGUUACUUCCAGCAUUUACAGACCCAAUCUCCUCAAAUCCAGAAGAGUAGGGAUCCUCCAGCCCCCUCCUCAGCAUGCAGGCAUCUACAGUUUGGUUGUGCUGGUCAAUAAAUUGGCUGAAAAAGGGCGUCUGGGGGGGAGUCAGCUGGUUAAGUGUCUGAUCUUGGGGUCUGUGGGUUCAAGCCCCACAUCGGGCUCUGUGCUGACGGCUCAGAGCCUGGAGCCUGCUUUGGAUUCUGUGUCUCCCUCUCUCUGCCUCUCCUCUGUUGUCCUCUCUCUCUCUCUCUCUUUCUCUCUCUCAAAAAUAAAUAAAAUAUUUUAAAACUUGCUAAAUAAUAGAAUCUUUAAAGCCCAAAACUAAAAUCAUCCAUAUAAUCAAAAACGUGGCUAAAACUGGGAGAAGAAAUAAGCAAAUGAACCAAUGCUGAUAGGAAUUCUGAUAGAGUCUGGGAGGGAAUGACAUUGGAGAUUCUUGAUAACUUAUAUUUGAGAGAUAUAAUUAGACAGACAUGAAUUUUAACACCAUUUUCAAUGUGCUGUGUGAUAAAAUUCCUCCUUGAACUUCUUUGAAAGACUCCUGUUAAGAUUGAAAUUACUUGAAGGGGCACUUGGGUGGCUCAGUCAGUUAACAGUCCGACUCUUGAUCUCAGCUCGGGUCAUGAUCUCACAGUUCGUGGGUUUGAGCCCAGAGUAGGGUGC